AAUCAAUCAUGUCAGCACUAAAUUGGAAGCCCUUUCUCUAUGGAGGUUUAGCAUCAAUCACUGCAGAAUGUGGCACUUUCCCCAUUGAUCUGACCAAAACACGUCUGCAGGUUCAAGGUCAAGUUAAUGAUGCCAAGUACAGCGAGAUCCGCUACCGUGGAAUGUUUCAUGCACUAGUCAGAAUAUGCAGAGAAGAAGGAUUAAAAGCCUUAUACUCUGGAAUUGCACCAGCACUGCUACGCCAAGCUUCAUAUGGAACUAUAAAAAUAGGCACUUAUCAGAGCUUAAAAAAGAUGCUUGUUGAGAAUCCAGAAGAUGAAACCCUGAUGAUAAAUAUUCUAUGUGGUGUUUUUUCGGGAGUAAUCUCAUCAUCUAUUGCCAAUCCUACAGAUGUCUUAAAGAUCAGAAUGCAAGCUCAAGGUAGUAUGAUUCAAGGAGGAAUGAUGGGCAACUUCAUGCAGAUCUACAAAAAGGAAGGCACUAAAGGAUUAUGGAAGGGUGUAUCAUUGACAGCACAGAGAGCUGCAAUUGUUGUUGGAGUGGAACUGUCAGUGUAUGACCUUGCCAAGAAGCACAUUAUUAUGUCUGGAUAUAUGGGAGAUACAGUAUAUACUCACUUCCUCUCAAGUUUUACUUGUGGGUUAGCUGGAGCCCUUGCAUCCAACCCAAUCGAUGUUGUAAGAACACGCAUGAUGAACCAGAGAAGCCAAAAUGGGGGAUACUCAAACUACAAGGGUACUUUAGAUUGCUUGUUACAAACAUGGAAGAACGAAGGCUUUUUUGCUCUAUAUAAAGGUUUUUGGCCAAACUGGUUAAGACUUGGUCCUUGGAAUAUCAUUUUCUUUUUGACCUAUGAGCAGCUGAAGAAAUUAGAUUUCUGA